UACUUUUUCUUUUACAGUCAGCUUUUAUUUUUGGAGUAUGUAACCGGAUGUGGAUGGCACAGCUUAUCUCACUUGACUGUGGUGGUGUUUCUGCGGGUGCUGAACGCGGUGGAUAGCAGCCGGAUAGAAAAAAUAUAAAGAUGGCCUCAGCAACAGCAACCUAUGGGCAGAAGGAGUCUUCGGACCAAAACUUCGACUAUAUGUUCAAGAUCCUCAUCAUUGGCAACAGCAGUGUGGGUAAAACCUCCUUCUUGUUCCGCUACGCUGACGACUCCUUCACACCGGCCUUUGUCAGUACGGUGGGCAUCGACUUCAAGGUGAAGACCAUCUACAGGAAUGACAAGAGGAUCAAAUUACAGAUCUGGGACACGGCAGGUCAGGAGCGUUACCGCACCAUCACCACGGCCUACUACCGAGGAGCUAUGGGCUUCAUCCUCAUGUAUGACAUCACUAAUGAAGAGUCCUUCAACGCCGUCCAGGACUGGUCGACUCAGAUCAAGACGUACUCGUGGGACAACGCCCAGGUGCUGUUGGUAGGGAACAAGUGUGACAUGGAAGACGAGCGAGUGGUGGCCGGAGAAAGAGGCCGACAGCUCUCUGAACACCUGGGUUUUGAGUUCUUUGAGGCCAGUGCCAAGGACAACAUCAAUGUGAAGCAGACCUUUGAGCGGCUGGUGGACAUCAUCUGUGAAAAGAUGUCCGAGAGCCUCGAUGCCGGAGAUCCAGCUGUCACAGGGGCCAAACAGGGGCCCCAGCUGACAGAGCAGCCCGCUCCUCCUCACCAGGACUGCGCAUGUUAAAGCUGACUACUCCCCAAAAAACCCUUUUCCUCCUGCCUCCUCCUUCAGUAGGACCCAGGGGCCUCGGGUCAAAUACUCCCAUCACCCGUUUAACUCACUUCGUGCUUCUUUCUGUAACCUAGUAAGGAUCAUUGGCGGAGGGACACAAGAACCAGGUGUAAAAGUGUCUGAAAUUCUCUGAGAUGCUAGUCGACCAAUGGUAGCUGCAUGUUUCCGUCUGGUUUGAUAAAAGAGCAUGAAAGUGUUUUUUUGAUCAGUGCAGUCUGACACCUAAGCAAGUUCCAUCGAGUGUUUCAGACUCUUUGGAAACCUGGUUCUUGAAGGUUCCCGACCCAUCUUCCUUUGUCUCCCUGUUCCUCAGUGUGGUUUUAAAAGAAGGAUUUGACGGCGUCCGUCCUCAGAGUGCCAUUUAAAUCCUUCCGAUGUUUACAGUACUUUGUUUCACGUCAGUCAAAUGUCUUGAAAAUAUGUCAGCCUCUCGUACGGAGAAUACAGUGGAUUAAUGUGGGAGGGAUGAUCCAGCUGAAAUCUGCUCCAUUCUGAUGUGUUACAUUUCCUUUAUGAUUCUGGAUGCAGACAGCAUAAAACAUACACAGAUAUGUGUGUUAAUUGUGGAUUCACCUGGUAUCUAAACAUAGAUAUUGCAGGUAUGAGCAAGUGUUUUGUUUUCAUUAUCCAUCUGAGCCUUUUCAUCUGGCCUUUUUUUUUUUUUAUGUUUUUGUAUUCUGGUGCCCCAUUUAUUCUUUCAGGACUGGCUUGGAAAAAUAUAAACAAGUUAUAGAUACGUAAAAAAAAUUGCAAAAAAAUCAAGAAAUUAUAUUUAUUUCAAAUGUACAUAUAAAUGUUGUGCAAUAUAUAUAAUAUCUACAGGUAUGCAUUUCUUGAAAUGAAUUUAAAAAGGUAUGACAUUCUAUGAGGAUAGUAUCAAAUAUAGGAGGUCUUUGUUGUUUGGUUUGUUUGGAUGAUGUGUGGAAUUGUGUGCACCCUCGGCAGCUCCUCCGUGAGUUGUUUCAUUUUCCUGUUGCUUUUGUCUCAUGCUGCCUUUCGGAGAAGUCAGAAAUGAAAACUUCCCGCUAAGAGAAACAACGUGAAAUGACCUUUUGUGUUUGAAUCAGAAAUGGGAAAAUUCCCUCUUUAUCAUCCUCCAAAUCCACUGCGAAAAGUUAAGAAUUUUUAAACUUAAAACUUUGUGCUUCUGUUAAGCAAGAAAUUGGUCUUGAUGCUUAUUGUCACAACUGCCUUAUCUGAAAAGCAUUUUGUGUAACACAGUUGGGCUGGCUAACUAUGCUAAUUAUUGACAUCACAGUAUUAGGCAAAGAAAAUUCUGCAGUUGAUGCAAAAUUGAAGAUGAAAUGAUGUGAAAACUUGUAUUUUUACCAUCUUUCCAUAAUCAUUCAGCUUUCCUCAUUCUCUAAAAUUUGAUUGAAUAGGUUUGGAGGAUGCAAAAUACAGUCUGUCUGUUGUUAUUAUUGUUGUGUUUUGCCUUUAUCUGAUAGUUUGACCCUACGGAGUGAAAGACAACAUCAGGAGAGACUAGAAUUACAUGUGACACAGUGCAGACUGAGCUCAGAGACUUCAUGUUUCCUGCUUAGUGACAAACAGCCCAACAGUAAGCAGCUUCUUCAAAAUCAGUAUUAAAGCAUCUGUUUUUCUGUUUGUGUGUGAUGUUAUCAUCAACGCUCAGUCUUCAGGUGAAGGACAAACAGAACUGUUAAACAACGAUCAAAUAGCUGGAGGCUGAAAUGUUCACUAUUUUCUUACACGUCUGGUGUCAAUGCAGGAUUAAAAUAUUUGGUACGGAGAUAUUCCACAGACAGAACUAGUUUGCCAGGUGCUCCUACUUUUCACUUCACCAAAGAUUGCUGUAGAGGCAGCUCGCUGUAGGACACCAGGAUGAGCAGUGCGACCAAGUUUAAAACUGUAUUAAAACAGCUGCUGCUUGGAGGACUGAAGUGAACGCUGGUCAUUUAGUUGGGUAAUGCUAUCAGAAAUGUUGAAUUGUGAAGAUUUCAGUAAUAACAGAUAUCAAGGAUAUCCAAGGGCAAAACUUUGUAAAAGCAUGAGGGUAGUCAAAGGCUAAGCAUUUAUUUUCAGAGUAAUUGUUGCAUUAGUUAUCUAUUAAGUGUGGCAUACAAACCUGAAAUCACAGACAAGUCACUGCCUUUAAAGGUUAAGAAAAUGUGGUCCCUGGUAAAGUGGCCCUUUAAUGUAUUGACUACUAUAAAAAAAAGGGAGUGAAGAUCAUGACAAACCUGGGAAACAAAUGUUAUCCUGCGUCUGUUUUACUUCUUACUGGAUGUGACUGUUUCUUUUCGGGUAAAAUCGAAACUUUUAAACUGUUCUCCUUUCUAAUAUGUCUUCCUCUCUAUAUAAACAACCAGAACUGUAAAUACUGUCCCUUUGAGUCACAUGUGUGGAUUGUACUGUAUCGACUCAGGCUUGCAACAUAGAAAUAAAAGAGGAAAAAAAGACAGAAAAAACCUAAAACCACACAAAAGAGCCAUGUUGAUCUGUAUCUGCAUUUAUUACUAGGCCUUCAUUGUUAAUGAAUGUGUCACUCUGUUACAAAAGCAAUACACAAUACAGCAUCUACACAAAAAAUGAAAUGCCAUCAAGCUUGGUAGAAGUUGCCGACAUUAGAUCUUCUACUCGCACGCAGGAACAUGUACUUUAUUUGGUCUCGUGUCACUGCCUCUUCACAUCCUCCUCAGUUUGGGCCAGAGAGAAUAUGCUGUGGAUGUUUUUAUCUGUACUUUGUGGUAAAACAAUAAAAAGUUACUAACAA